AGCACGGGUUGAACUCGGAGGCCGUUUACUUCUGUCAAAACUGCACCCGCCAAUUCUGUGGCCUGUGUAUAAAGCAACAUGACCGCUUUUACCGAAGACACCCCAUUCUAGGAACAGAAAAGAGAGAUUUUUGGGGAAAAGUUAAAAGCACAUGUAAACUGCAUCCUGGCGAGGAAAUGAUGGUGUUUUGUAGCGACCAUGGGCAUUCAUGUUGUGUUGAAUGCCAGAAGGAGCUACAUAGGCAGUGCAAGCACGUCGUACUCUUGCAGCACACAUCGCACAGCCCUCCAAUUCAACCCGUGUUGGAAAACAAUGGCAAGAUAACAGUUGCUAAACACGGUAAUAAUCUCCAAUUAAAAAAUAAUGGGAAAGUAGGAACAAGUGACUUCGAUACACUCACACUAAAACCGAAAGACAAAAUAGGAAUAACUGAACAAUAUAAACUCCCAUUAAAAGAGAAAGUAAGAACAAGUGAGCGAGAUAGCGAUAACUUCCUAUUAAACCCGAAGAAGAAAGUAGGAACAACUGAGCCUAGUAAGUCGCCAGUGUUAUCUGCUGUAGAAUCCAGUAGGCCAUAUACAGUGAUAGAAAGGAAGCACUUAAAAGUUAAAUUAGAAAGCGACAAAUAUUUAAGCCCUAUAUAUGGUAUAUCAGUGCUGCCAGGAGGAGAGCUCAUUAUAACUGAUUUUGACAACAAGAAGCUUAUGCUGCUGUCAGCUGAUUACACAGUGGUGGACCAUGCCAGUGUACCAGAGGGGCCAAGGGAUAUCUGUGCUGUUUCUGACAGCCAGAUAGCUGUUUGCAAUGGGGGCAAGGAGAUACAGCUCUUUAACGUGGAAAACGGCAAACUCAAGAUGGAUAGAACAUUGCAACUGGACCGUGACUGCAACCAUAUGUCAUAUAUGGUAGGCAACCUGUAUGUAGCAUCCAAUGAUACUGUGUACCAGUACACACUUGCUGGUAAGAGGCUAAGGAAAAUCUACACAGCAGAUGAAUGGGGCGUGUAUAGAAUUGCAGUGAGCGCAGAUGGGGAGAGAAUCUACAUCAGUGAUGAUGAAAAUAACCAAUUGGUGACAGUGGACAUGCAGGGCCAAGUGUUGGCUAUACUAAAGGAUGAGGUUCUGGAGCGACCCCAAGGUGUGUGUGUGUCUCCUAGAGGACAAGUAUUUGUGUGUGGGAGACUCUCCAACACCAUCCUUCAGGUUGACAGUGAGGGCAAACACACGCUGCCCAUAAUAGCCAACAAAAACAUUGGUGUGAGUAUUCCACUAUCAGUGUACUUUGACAGCAGGACAUCAUCCCUCCUUGUAGGGCAAUUCAAUGAAAAAUCAAAUGAUAAUCUAUUAGUGUUGAAGUUGAAAUAAACAACCUUGAUUUUCCAUACAUUUAUUCCUGUCAAAAUAUAAUUUGUAACAUUAAAAGGGUAUGCUAAAGCUGAUUAAAAUUCAAGUAAAAUUCAAUGACAUCAACAUUAGAAAAGUCAAUGCAUACUACUGUCAAGGCAUACUAAUGAUAGGAGUGGACAUUUCUGAGGAUGAUAUUUUCUUAUUUUUGGACAAUAGAAACUGAGCCGUUGUUUGUUUGUAUCUCCUCUUGGGUUGAAAGUCUUUGUUGAUACUUGUACUCACUGUAUAAGAUGCACUAUACCUUGAAGUUUUGAGGAAAUGUUUUGCUGUAUUUGCGGAUUUCAUGUUGACGGAUUAUUUCAGAAUUAUAUUGACUCUACGCUUCAGAGUUUGUGCAUUUAAAAAAAAGUGGAUAUGUAGAAAGGUGUAUUUCUCUGCCAGGACCUGAUUUUUAAAACACAUGCGAAAAUAAACCCCAAACAUUACUAAAAUGAGAUGACACGCUUUUAACUGUUUUUUUAAUGAAACACCAUGCGCAUAGAAGCAGUAUCUACAGCAAUAAAUAAAUACGAUGCUUGUUACUAUUUAUUUAUACAAUGAAGACAAUACCUUUAUUGACACCAAGAGAAAAACAUUCUUAUGUUUCACUUUUCCUGACAGACCAUAUUCAGUUUCCAUACUGAAUUUCCUUUGC